CGCCGGUGUAGACAUAACAAUACCCUGUCAUUCUAGGAACGGCCCCUACAGUUCGCGAUGUUUGUUUUCACCAAAUCUUUCCUUUUAAAUCCAGCCCGGCGUUCUAGUUUGUUGGUAAAAAAAGCUCGAUGGUGCGCCGAUUACCACAAGACCAAUGUAAUGCUCUCAGCCGGCAAGCCGGGCAGACAGGCCGCCUUCCAGAAUGCAACGUUCGGGCAGCCGGUGCACCAGACGCAUCCACAUUUAAUAGGGUCUGGCGAGGUGCUAACCGGAAUACGGCUUGAAGAGGUGCAGGAGAGGCGAAAACGGUUGCUCCAUGCGUUGCGAGAUCAUCACGCGCUCCAAACAGGCACGGAAACGAAUCACAUCGUGGUCAUCCCGUCGGCGAACAAAAAGUACAUGAGCCACAAGAUUCCGUACGUAUUUCGGCAGAACACCGACUUCCUGUACCUGAGCGGCUGCCAGGAGCCGGACAGUGUGCUGGUGCUGGAAAUCGACGCGAGUAGCAACUGCAAAAGCACGCUGUUCGUGCGCCCCAAAGACAAGCAUGCGGAAAUGUGGGACGGCCCCAGGACGGGCGUGCAGGCCGCCGUGGACGUGUUCGGUGUGGAUGAAGCGCUGGAUGUCAAUGGCUUAAAGGAAUACCUCAACAAGCAUGGUUUCGCCCAUCCCAACGCCGUGCUGUGGUACGACGCAGCGGCGUCGGAUUUGCAGGACGUUUCAAGGAUGGUUAAAGACGUGACGAACCAGACGCAACCAAAGCCACCGACCGAAGCGAUUCAAAGCCUCCGGCUAGUGAAGUCGGCCAGCGAGUGUGCGCUGAUGGGCAAAACGUGUGAAAUCGCAUCCAAAGCCAUCAACCGGACGAUGCAGCACAGCUUUCCCGGCAUCAGUGAGCAUGAAGUGUUCGCCAACGUAGACUACUACACCCGCGUCGCUGGUGCCAACUUCCUGGCCUACCCGCCGGUGGUCGCAGGCGGCUCCAACGCGACGGUGAUACACUACAUUAACAACAAUCAAAUUGUCGGGGCCGGUGAGCUGCUGCUGCUGGACGCCGGCUGCGAGUAUCACGGGUACACCAGCGACAUUACCCGCACGUGGCCCGUCGAGGGCAGGUUUAGCGAUCCGCAGCGAGUGCUGUACGAGGUGCUGCUGCAGGUGCAGCGGGAACUGCUCGGUUGUUUGCAGCAGGCGGGCGGUGAAACGCUCGACCAGCUGUUCGAUACGAUGUGCUCGAAGAUCGGCAAAUACUUGCAGGAAAUCAAGCUCAUACCGGAGUCACUGUCGGGCCUGGAGCGCUCCAGGGCGGCCUACAAGUUUUGCCCCCACCAUGUGUCGCACUAUCUGGGCAUGGAUGUGCACGACACGCCGUUGAUAUCGCGCAACAUUCGCCUAAUGCCCGGGAUGGUGUGCACCGUCGAGCCAGGUAUUUACAUCUCCAAGCACAAUUUCGACGUUCCGGUCGAAUUUCGCGGCACGGGUUUGCGCAUUGAGGACGAUGUGCUGAUAAAGCCGGAUAAGCAAAUAGAAGUGCUAACAAAAGAGUGUGCAAAAGAUGUAGCGGCGAUCGAAGGGUUAUUUAGUCGUUAAAAUGGGGGAAGCCCGUUUUUGUACGUGUUUGUUUCUUUCUUAUUUCGCGUAAGACUGUUUACACCGACUCAAACCCUUUGUAAAUGAUUAAAUAAUGUUCCUUCAUUGUUGUA